AUGCCAUUUCGUUUCGCUGUUGUUUGUUCAUCAAAUCAAAAUCGUAGUAUGGAAGCUCAUAACUUCAUGAGUAAACGUGGUCUUCUUGUCAAAUCGUAUGGUGCAGGUCAACAAGUCAAAUUACCUGGAACAUCUCUGGAAAAACCCAAUGUGUAUACAUUUGAUACACCAUAUGAUUUCAUGUACAAAGAUUUAUAUAAUAAAGACACGAAUUUCUAUACUCAAAAUGGUGUUCUGCAUAUGUUGGACCGAAAUCGACGCAUCAAAGAGAAGCCGGAACGUUUUCAAGACAGUCGCGAACGUUUUGAUGUGAUAUUUACUGUGGAAGAACGUAUAUUCGAUCAAGUGCUCGAAGACUUAGAAAAUCGAGAGAAACGUACGAAUGAAAUCGUGCAUAUAAUCAAUAUUGAUGUCAUCGACAAUCCAGAAGAUGCAACACUUGGUGCAUUCAUACUUUGUGACCUAGCACAAAAAUUAGAAGCAACGAAUGAUUUAGAUAAUGGAAUUGAUGAUAUACUGUCAGAAUUUGAAGAGAAAACAAAGCGAACUGUGUUGCAUGCUGUCUCAUUCUACUAG